AUGCUGGAUGGACGCAGGGGGAGGGGGAGACUGGUUUUGAAAGAUAUCAGAAGUAUAAUGAAGGCAUGGGUGAGAGCAAUCACCAGGGAAGAAUGGGGACUGGCUGAGUGGCUUAUGAAAAGCCUUGGGCAGACCCAAACCGAUGACUUUCUGAAGUUACCAAUAACACAAAACCGAAUGCAACCGUCAUUUCACAACAACCAAUCAUUCCUCCAGAUGGUCGAUGAACUUCCGCAUGGAGCUGCCUGGAGUUGCAAGAAGAUUAGUGUGCAGGGAAAUCAAACAGAUGAGAAGGGUGAACCAUUGCAUGAAGAGGUCGAACUUUGGAUGCGGGAUCCUGUGGAGUGCAUCAAAGACCUGAUCAGCAACCCUUUAUCCAAGGAUCAUAUGGUGUAUGCACCUGCACAAGCAUACACGGACUCCGCAGGACUUCACCGAGUGAUUGAUGACAUGUGGACUGCAGAUUGGUGGUGCGACAAGCAAAAAAUGUUGCCGAAAGGAGCAACCAUCGCACCAAUCAUUCUCACCUCAGACAAAACAUGUCUGUCUCGAUUCCGAGGCGACAAAUCAGUGUGGCCUGUGUACCUAUCUAUUGGCAACAUUGCAAAAGAAAAAUGGCGGCAGACAUCAGCACGAGCAACCAUCCUGAUUGGAUACUUACCUGCAGGAAAACUUGAUUGUUUUUCGUCAGAUGCGUGCUCCCUUGCUGGUUACUGGCUAUUCCACCAUUGCAUGACCCUGCUCCUUCAACCCCUUGUUGCAGCAGGUGAAAACGGUGUGAAUAUGGUGUGUGCUGACUCCUUCGUGCGUCGAGUAUACCCAAUCCUGGCUGCUUAUGUAGCAGACUUUCCAGAGCAAUGUCUUGUUGCAUGUUGCGAGGAGAACUGCUGUCUGAAGUGUCUGGUGGCUGCAGAUGAAAGAGGCGAUCCGCUGUCUUCGUUGCAUCCUGCUGAAUUUGACGAGUAUGGACUACACACCGUCUACACUCCUUUCUGGGCUAAUCUCCCCCACUGUGACAUUUUCCUGGCCUUCACACCCGACCUCCUACACCAGCUCCACAAAGGGAUCUUCAAGGACCACCUAGUUAAGUGGUGUCUUGAUGUCAUCAGCGAAGAAGAGAUGGACACUCGUUUCAAAGCAAUGCCAGAUUAUCCUGGCCUCCAGCGCUUCAAGAAAGGAAUAUCUACAGUAAAGCAGUGGACAGGUACAGAGCACAAAGAGAUGCAGCGAGUUUUUAUUGGGCUGCUGACCAGUGCUAUUCCAAGUCAAGUGUUACUUCGAGUGCACACAGCUGAAUCACUCGACAGUUUGCAAAGCGCCCUUACAACAUUUCAUACCAACAAGGACAUCCUGCAAGAGCUUGAGGUUUGCGAGCAUUUCAACAUUCCAAAAUUGCAUCAACUCUCACACUAUGUUCACUCAAUCUUGCUGUUUGGCACUACUGAUGGCUUCAACACCGAGCUUCCAGAACGACUGCAUAUCGACUUUGCCAAAGAAGCCUAUCAUGCCAGUAAUAAGCGCGACUAUGAGGAGCAGAUGGCCCUAUGGCUUCAGCGCCAGGAAGCAGUCUUCCUCCGUGGUUCCUACCUGGAUUGGCUGUUGGAACGAAGUCGUGAGUGCGGUUAUGAUUCUGAUUCAGACUCUGAGAUGGAAGAACCUGGUGUUGUCCCUGCCAAUGUAUGUCUGACACCUCCCAUUGUCACUCAGCAACAUGCACUCCAUUCCAUUCAGCACCUCGUCACCACACAUGGUGCAUCUAUGUUCCUCCCAGCCCUCGACUUAUUCCUGCGUGAGCACAUGCCACAGAAUAAGAUCAGUGUUAAGACCGUACUCAACCCCGGUCCACAAGACCAUUUCGACGUUUUUCAACAAGUUGUAAUCAUUGCUCCACCUGAUCCACAGUGGCAUGUUAGAGCCACACCUGAAGUGUGUCCUGGACGUGGCUGGAAACCUGGAUCCCCCGCUAAGUUUGAUAUGGCCCUGGUGAGCAACGGCAUUCAAACGCACAUGUUAGAAGGUGUGCGAGCGGCACAAGUUCAUGUCAUUUUCACUCUGCCCUGUCAGUUUGGAACUUACUCCAGAGCCCUGGCUUAUAUCGAGUGGUUCACUCCAUUUAGGGAGCCAGACCCCUCCUCUGGCCUGCACCAGGUGUCACGUUCGACUCGUCGACUGCACCAGAAUGCAGCCAUGAUACAUGUCGAUGAAAUUGCUUGUCCAUGCCAUCUGAUUCCAAAGAUGGGACAUUCUGUGGAUCCUGGAUGGACGAGCGCAAAUGUGUUUGACCUGACCUUCAAUGGCUUCCUUUGUGAGAAGUUCGAUGGCCAUGAAAGGUACUGUUCCUGUACGCUCCUGGCCUGA